CCGGUGUCCCGGCGUCCCGCGUCUGCGAGACAGCGGCCAUGUCUAUGACACAGCGACAGCGGUGUACUCCAAGUAAAUGGGCACGAGCCUAGAGACCUUUUCCUGGUUCCAAUAGCUUCUGCUCAAUGAGAGCGCUCACGACUGGUUGCACGGCGGCCAUGUUCCCGGAGACCAAACUAAAGGCAAGGGCCGGCCCCUGGGUUUCUAUAGCAACCAAACACAGCGUCCACUUCUGUAUCAUUAGUACACUGAUCUAGGUCUGUGUUCUUAUUACCCGGCACAGGGGAUACAGGCGGGAGGCACAGGGAUAACCGAGAAUGACUACUCUGACUUCACCAAGUGGCACAACAGAACUGGUGACCAUCAGGAGAACAGAGUGUCUCGAUGUUGAUGGCAUCUCCAUGCUAAAAACAACUGUCACACAGCAAAUAUUUGGAACUGUGAACGUCACAUAUUUACUUGAAAAAUCCAACUUGGCUGUAACCAUCUGUAACGAGAAGAACAGUGUUGUCGCCCAUGCUGCUUUGCUGGACUAUCCUAAUUGGGAUGUAGUGGACCAAGCGGCGUGGGAAGAUUGGAUGCAUAAUAGCUAUGAAGACAGCGACAAGUGCACGCCCCUGAACACUUUGUUUUUACACCUUUUUGUGGCCAGAGAUGAAUUCUACUUGCAGAGCAUUGAAGAGGUGAUGAGGACCGUGUUUAAUGCAGUUGCAGAUUUGCAUUUCAUAUGUCUAAUCACCCCGCACAAUGUUGCUUUGUCUCCAGCUUUAGCAUCUACAUUUGAACCUGUGAGGAUUGUUCCAGGGGCGAAACUUGCUGAAACGUAUUCGAUGUAUAUGUGUUACAGACACAAACACUGUCCCCAACUCUAUAUCCGGAAAGCCAGGGUAGAAGAUCAUGAUGACCUGUUUCCAAUUUUUAUGCGUCACAACGAUACCCUGAAAGCCACUUACGGAGAAUAUUUCCUGGCGGAGCUAAUCAAAGCUCAGGAUGAGGACAACCACACUAUUGUCUGUGAGGACCAUGGCACUGCUGUGGGUUUUAUGAGUGUAUGCUCUGAGGUCAAUGCUCAACUGCUGCAAGAUUCAUUUGACCUGGGUCCUUUUCACGGCCUAUGUAAACAACAUCCGGAAGAUGUUCUUCAAGCCAACAAGGACCUGGCCACUGAGAAAGAAGAUGUAAUGUUAAGCAGACAAGCAAGUCAAAGGUCGGGUUCCAAAUUAUUGCAGCUGUCAGACGUCAUCAACGUUCAGGAGACAGAUGGGAAGGUGCACGGAAGCCUGGAGGAUGUGAUGACUCCUUCCAAUGAAAAUAGCACGGUGGAGGCGUCAAGUGAAGAGCAUGACUUAGAUCACAACAGAUUGCCGAGCAGAGCUUCUAUUGAGGAUGAUGCCAUCAAAGGUGUGAAUUGCAGGACCCCUGAGACACCCAGCACAGCAGUAGAGAGCCAGCCUUUCCGUCCCAUUUACAAAGGAGAAGUCACUGCCUUUUGCAUACAGCUGUUUUGCAUCAGUGAAAUGCAUGAAACAAGGUCUAUGGACUUUUUGAAAUAUGUUUUCAGUCUUUUUCCCGAUAAAGAGUUCUGCAUCAUCACGGUCCCUCACCUCACCCCUGAAUUUCCUCUGCUCCAGAGCUUUGUUCGAGCUGUCCCUUUGAGUACAUGCACUUUGCCUCAGGAGCUUUAUAUUUUCCACCGCGCUGGCCUGAUCAAUUUGCUACAGGUGAGGGCAGCAAAGUCCAGCGAUGUACCAGCUGUAGAAAAGCUAAUCAGGACACUGACACUCCACGAAAGCAUAUUGGAUGACCUAAAACUCUACAAUGCCGCUCGGAGGGAUCCUGACGGAACACCAGUUCAGGCAUUUGUUGCAGAAGUAGCCGGCCAGAUAGUUGGCGUUACCGUUCUCAGAAAUGAAGAGGACAUUGAGUACAUUCGCUCACACUACAACAUUGAAGAUUUUAUCUACUUCAACCAUCAUCAACGGAAUGAGCACGGACAUCUUCAUCAUUAUGCUAUGAAUCCAAUAUUUAAACACUACAGCAGACAUUUCCUGAAAGAAGUUCUCCGCUUAUCCCACAAGUCAUCGCUGUAUUACCCUAUAUACCCACCGUAUGACGACAGUCAGUUUAAGAAUCCCUGCGCCCAUUCACUGACAUCUGCCCUUCAUUACAUGGUUCCUGUGCGACCAAGACGACAGAUUGUCUAUCCUCUGGAAAAGCUUGGCAUAAAUGCUCCAUCAAAGCAGGUCUCCAAGGAUCAGUCAGCUUACGCUUUGUACCAUAUAAAUCGGAAGCUUACAUUAGAACCAAAGAUCACCAUCAAUGCCCGUAUUGUGGUAGUGGGAGCAUCGGAUGUUGGAAUCUCCUUUCUGGAAACUCUUGUAUUUUGCCCACACUUGAAAUUCAACAAUAUCACUUUGAUUUCAACCAAUGGUCUUCCUGGAAACAACACUCCUGUUUCUUGUAUGGAGCAAGCAUUCCUAGCCAGCAGCCACUGUUAUAAUGAUAAAGAUUAUGCACUGAUGUCACUUCGAUCCUGGGUUAAUGUUGUGGUUGGUAAAAUGACUGGCAUUGACAGAGCUGCCAAGUUUGUGAUUGUUUCCGAUGAUAGGAGAGUACCAUAUGACCAUCUAAUUCUUUGUACUGGACAACAAUACCAGGUACCUUGCCCUAGUGGAGCUGAUAUUAGUAAGCUUUUAACUAACCGAGAAGCACCAGAUUGCUCCAGGCAGAUAUAUACUGGCAGAAUUCCUUCAAAUCUAUUUACUCUGCAAGCUGUGGAUGACUGCAUAAAGGCAAUGGAUUGGAUAAAAGACAAUGCAUUAAACGAAGAAGGCAAUGUAAUUGUAUACGGGAAUACACUUGAUAGUUACACUACAGUUGCUUCUCUCUUGUCAAUGGGAAUUAGCGGCUUUCGCAUCCAUUUGGUACAACCUCCACUUACAUCGAACAUCACUUGCUUUAACAACUACACCGUAGAGGAAGCUGUGCAGAGAGCCUUAUCAGCAGCUGGUGUGGCUACCUACUACAACUGUAAGCUGGCGCAGUGGAAUGACGGUGCUGAUCCAGAGCCAAUACAGUGUGUUUCUUUCACUACUGAUACAAAGCCACUAAAACUACAGUGCACUGUGUUCCUUAACUUUUUUCAGAAGAAAGUAGACUAUGAUGCCGUCAAGGCAAUAAACAAUGCAUGUCUGGUUUAUGACGGAAGGUUGGUUAUUGAUACCACAUUCCACACAAAUGAUGCCUCCAUAAGGGCAGCGGGAUCACUGACUAAGUACUCAAAUAAGUAUUAUGCAAAUGAGUGGUCCCACAGCUACUUCAGCUCUAAGGAGGUCGGCUUUCAUCUCGCCGCUACUUUGCUGCCUCUUUUCGACCCAACACUUGAACCAGUGAGUGAUCCAGCACAGGAACUCAAUAGGCUCAUCCCAAUAUACAAAGGACCUCUCAAUCAAGGUGGUGUUGUUCCUGGGGGUUUUUACUACCUAAAUGUAGCUAAACCUGCAAUUCCUUGUCCUUUACAAGCUCAAAUGAUGAAACCCAAUUAUGGGCAGGAAAUCAUAACUGGCAAAGCAAUUAAUGGUGAUUACUUCCGGCUACACAUCAAUCAGUACAACAUGGUGGAGUCGAUAACAUGUCUAUCUCUGAAACCUUUUCCUGAGUCAAAUUUCAAGUGUCUAUAUGGACAGCAUGAACGUCUACUGAAUAAUCUGUGUUCUCGCUUUCAAGAAGGGCUUAUCACAGACCUCUACAGCUACUUCAUGGAAGCGUGGUGCAUGGCCAUCUAUCACGAUCGGUUUAUUGAUUUCCAGCAAGAAGUGCGUGAAAUCCUGACAUCCAAGAAAGUGUGUGAUCAGCCUUCUAUAAAGGAGCUAGUAGAUAAAGUCACAGAUGAUGAAUUAUACCUUGCAGAAAAUCCCCAAAAAUAUUUAAAGCGCAUUCUUCAGCAAAAUGGAUACCAAAUGGAUAUUGAGAAGAGGAUUAUGAAUUACCUUAAUUACAACAGCAACCACCUGUCCAUGUUCGCUAGGCCUGGGAUUAUUUAGUUAAAUGCUACUAAAUAAAUGUGAUUUUUUUUAUGGUCUAUAUCCAGUGGUCAAGUGAAUAAUUUAUCACCAGUGAUGCUCUACCCUCUGCAUUCUACAUUCUGUCCUGCAGGGGGGGGAUGGUGCCUACUCUCCACUGCCCAGGAUACUGCACAUACUUUUAAAUAAAAAUAAAAUGUA